UUUGUUUCCCAUGAAAAAUUCGCCUUUUAUUUAUAUAAAAAAAACGCAAUUACUUUUUGGCCAACCCAAUAUAUCAUAGUAUUCCGAUUUCGAAUUUAAUAAACCUGGAUUUUGUAUUAGAAGAAUUAAUAUAGAUACGGUGUCACCAGGGUGUCUCGUAAAAGAAAAGAGAAAGAAAUAAGCUGAAACUUCCGCGUUUACUGUAUGGCGGUACUGCGAUAGAAUUGAAUCGAUGUUCUAUUUUGUUUCUAUCCCCGCUAAAGGGGCUGCUUGAGCGGAAGGUACACGCGCGGACACUCUUCACUGGUGCACGAUGCCGCACGCGGAAAAAAAGAAGAAUGUGGAGCGCUUAUUAUCUGCGGCCAUCACACGCUCGGCUGCCGCUUGGUGGAACGGGACGCUCUUCGUGUUGCAUGCGUCUAUCUAAUGUGCAUAGACCAGCAGAUGACGACGACGAUGACGGUAUUGACUGUCACGAGCUGCUAGCUACACGAGUUCACAGAGAAAGAGAGAAAGAGAGGGAAAGCACGCACUGCCCGACGAAUUAAUCUUCACGGCCGCGUUUUAAUAUGCCGUUUCCGCCUCGUUCGAGUCGUCACCCUUGAGGGUGGGAAUCUCGAUGAUAGAGCAGACACGACACCUCCACCCCCCUCACUCCGCCUCUCCCUCCCCCUAAUGUGUCCGCGAGAUCGCGGCGACCGGCAAUUUCCGGAAGAGAGGAAAUCCUGAACGAUGUCUUCUCUCUCUCUCUCUCUCUUUCUGCGCGCGAUCCUACGUGUGCAAUUUCCACCUCGGCUCGAGAGAAAGAGCGCGUUUUACGGUGUGUAAACGAAGGAGGAGGGUAGAGGGGCUGGAGGGAGGGCGAGGGCGCACUCCGGCGUCGUCCCAUGGAUCGCCUCCUCGACGCUCUCCCUCCCCUCGUGGUGGUCGGUCCGCGCGUAAAAAUCCACCGGCGAACGCGGGGCGUGGUUACGUGGGAGAGCCUUCUCUCUUCUCUCUUCUCGUUCCGCAGCAUCCCCUUGCUCCCUCCCCUCUCUCCCGUGCUAACUCCGCUCUUUCUCACCGCGGUGCGGUCUCUUUCGCUAGGUCUCCUCUUUCCUUCCCCGUCGCUCCUUCGACGCCGAGCGUCCGUCCGUCUCUUCUUCCUAUCUCCCGUGUCACCGUUUCCCGCGAUUCCCCGCGAUGACGAAACGGCGAUUCUCUCGUCCCUUGAUUCUCACGUGUCUCUCUUUUUCCUUUUUUCUUCUUGCCUAAAUCGUCGCGUUUCAUUGUUUCCUUCUGCAUUGUCUAAUGUGCUCAUGACGCUUGGAUUUCUUCCUGCUAAUUUUGCAACGAUUUUGUGUCAGGGAACUGAUAUUUUGAAUACGCGAUUUCUGCUCUCCUUUCGAAACUUUUUCAUUUCUCUAUCGUCUUCGCGCGCGCGCGCAGAUACUGCGGUGCUUAUCCUUUCCCAAUCUGUGUUACUUAACUGUAUCUUCGUGUCUUGCGGUUUUCCUAUCUCUUUUCUCGUUUGCAAUAUUUGCUGCUUAAAGCUUCUCAGAUCCUAUUGCCGUUUAUCUAAUCUUUCCUUUUCCCAUGUUUUUGUAGCAUCUCAUUUCGCUGCUCUUCUCUCUGUCGGUUAUGCCGAAAAUUUACGAACUCGCCCGAGAGGUACUUCGGUAUAAAUGGCAGAGGAGAGAUCGGCCAGAGGCUGAAGAGCGAUGGCGAAAGAGUGACGAGGACAUCCUACUUAAAGCGAGUACGUCUCGUCUGGUGCGACAGAGACGGGAUUAGAGAGUAAAGUAGACCGAGAGAGAGCAAAAGAGAGGGAGAGAGGAGCAUCGAUAGAAUGAGAAAGGUUACACGUGCAGUGCUGUAUGCACCGCUUGUGCGCAUCUGAUAUUCUCUCGAUUUAAUGAAAAAAUUAAAGAGAUGCGCGAAGUAUUUUAUUUUUUUGGAAUUUUUAUGUAUCAUGCGAUCAAAAAAUAUUUCACAUCUUUUUGUGACUUUUAUGUUUCUUAUCAAUAUGUUGAAAUGUUACAUUCGUAAUAACCAUAGCAAGAGAAUAUUUCCUCGAAGCUUUAAAUUUAUCUUAUGUAUCCUGUAACAUAAAGAUUGACAUGGUAUUCUUUCGUCGAAAAGAUUUGCGAUAUGGUUCAAUAAAGAGAAGCCAUUCAGAGUCUCUGCGAUAUCAUUAUCAAUGCUCAAAUAAAAUGUGUUUUGAUGUUUGCUUUGUAAUAUGUAUUAUGAUAUAAACAAGGCAUUGUGUUCUUGCGCUUGUCAUAUUUCGAAAAUUUAUUUAGAAUACAGAAAUAAUAUAACAAUAUAAGAUACAUAUUUAAAACAAAAAUAUAUAUAUACUAUGUAUAUGGAUACAAUAUGUCUCGUUAAAUUCGUAGAGCUCUGAUUUUACAUCGGACUUUAUUAUUUUAUUAUAUCCUUUGUUAUCGUUGCAUGCACCAUAUAACUGCACGAUAACAUUAUUAUCUAAACGCCAAAUUCUGUGUGCGCUGCAAAACAAGAUACAACACCGCAAUGACACAUUGACGCAUUUUUAAUUACGGCAGUUAAAGCUAACGCAAAAACAACGCGUAACACGAUCGCUAUAACGCAUCACCGAUGCGAUUACAAUUGGCAUAUCACGUUGCAACGAAUCACGCCGCGCAAUGCAACUCGAUAUCAGCAAUUCAAAAAUAGGGCGGUUUCCUAUCAAAGCACCACUGCACGACAUCGUCAUAAUUCACCGGAGCAAAAAACAGUAAAAAAAAAUCAUAUCAAUGUAUGAGAGAUGAAAGGCAUUCACAGCAUCUUGCAGCGUUAUGCGCGCAUGGGAAAUAAUUUCCAAUUGAAUACGCGCGAUAUUCUUGAGCGUGCUCGAGCACCGAGCGGCACUCGCAUUGCACGAGGGUCUACACCCGCGACGGGGAUUGCACUCGACGGUUUCCCGUGUCACACCCACAUCCUGCAAACGUUGAUCGGCGAAGCGGAUUCUACCUAGCUCGCGUGUCGCCGGCUACGCUCCUGGGCAACGUGCGAGAGGGAAAGAGGCCGGCCUCACCUACCGAGAGAACCUCCAGUCUUGUCGAGUGUUCCGUGGCGGCCGGCGAGCGUUGCGAUUAAUAGCGACUGCACCCGCGGAAUCGCAUUCCGAUCUCGCGUCUCCGGCGGAUUACUCUCCUUCUCUCUCUCUCUUUCUUUCUUUCCCUUCCCCGCUCUCCCUUCGUUCCCUCUCGGGAGUAAUGCGAACGCGCGGCGCGUAAAUCGCGACGCCGGAGAACCAGCUCUGCGAUGAACAGUCUGGGUGUCGGGAUCGGUGUCGUUCGUCAAACGCUACCAGCGCCGAGACGCGAGCCCUGCGCCGAGGAUCGGUUCGGAGAUCGGCGCGUCGCGGUUUAACUCGGAGACAUCGAUGGAUUUUUCCCCGCGUUCGUCCCAUCCGACCGGCGAGAGUGACGUCUCCUCGCACCCCCGCGAAUCCCCGAUCGCACUUGCCGGCUCGUAAACCGGAUGCCCGAUCUCGCUUCCGGUUCCUCCGUAGUUGACGUAAUCCUCGCGCCCGAGGAAGCACGAUUUCCGCGCGCCGUUGCGUAAGACGGAACGGAGCACGUGUGACUUCCAUCAGGAGCCUUAUCCGAUUCUUCGUGGGACACUUGCGAGGCGAUCGUUGGGCGAUCGAGGGAGGUGGGAAGCGAAGAAUUCUCUCAAGCCCAAGUGCGUCGUUUUUCUCACCGCUGAGGGCUUCAACGAGCACUACGAUAGCGCUACGUGCCGCGUAGAACGCCACGAGAUAAGCGUGAAAAUACGUCAGCAUCUUCUACGUGCGAGAACCACAAAGAGACGGGACUCGUUUGAGAAGAUCACCCGGUGCGAGAGAUUGCCUCGAGUCCAGCUCGAUCGCCAAGAGAGACGCUAUCGAAAUCCGUUGCCAUCGCGGAAGAGAAAGCCGUCGUUGAAUCGUAAUCAAACCGUUCAGGUUUGCGGAGAUACUGCGUUGCGGUCGACGUGACCAUUUCCCGGGAGCUUUUGUUGCCGAGAAGCGAGUCAAGAUAGACGAGGGGGCACGUGGAAACUCCUGAAUGCCGAAGCGCGAUUGAAACAACUUCGCGAAUUCGAAGUACAAUUCAGGCCGAGAGCACGACGCAUUAUUUAUCUUCUCCGCAGAGAGGGUUCUCGCACUUGGCGAAGGGGAAGAGUUAAGAUCCUCGCUGUCAUCGGUCGAGGCAGCUUUGCGGAUCGCGUCGACGUCGGCGAGAUUGUUCUCGCCCUCCCUCCGAGAUUUCUUGUCGUCGCGAGCGGGCGGGCGGAGCGUCGCCGGAGGCUGAGUGAAAUCUAGCAGGACCACGUCCAAGAGCGGGAAAGCGUUUCCGUGGCUUGGAAGGCAGUCGAGCUGAAACGCGGGCGCGUGGCCGAUCGAACGGCUCGCUCGAAAACUGCGCGCGACGACAGCGUGACCAGUUGGUGCCUCGCGAGUUCCAGUACGGAUCGGUGGAGGAUCCAGGAGUGCGCGGGAGGGUCAUCAGAUUCGCUAGCACGAGCGAGCAUCUCAUUUUUGCACGCACCGGUCGACCCGUCGCGUUCGACCGAAGCGACCAGCGAUCGUCGGCGAACGUUCCACGCUGCUAUUCCGCGCGCGUUUACGGAGACCGGCGCACCUGCGGAGCAGCCAGCAAACGAGUCUGGCGAGUACCGGUCAGAGUACCUGGCGGAUCGAUUCGGUAUUCAGCGCAGGAGGCCGAUCGCGAGGGCAGAGUCCGAGCUCUCCGGAGUGCCUACGCUGCGCGCGAUAAUCAUCGCCGCUCGCUUUCACCGGAGCCUCGAUCGGCAGCGCAGCGCGGCGCGGUUCUGAUCGCGUCCCGCAAUAAAUCUAAUAGCGGCUCCGCAAAGUAACGGUUUACGGCGGACAUUACGGCGGGAGCGACGCGCUCACGCUCGCAGACCCGUGAGGAGAGUCGGCGAGCGAGUCGCCGCUUCGCGGCUGCGUCGGUCGCGCGCGACCGCCGAGAUAAUCGCGGAGGAUUAACCGCGAGCAGGGAGGUCGUCUCCGCGAGUGGCUCGCCGUAGAAAAGACUGACCGGUCGGUGCCGAUUGGAUCUUGGUCGUCGUGAUUUCCGUGCGGAAGCGGAGCGCGAGCACUGGCUCGCCGAUCGAUGAACCGGACAGUCGGGGAGGGAACGCGGAAAGAAGCAGGCGGAUGUCUUAAUACGGCUUUCGAGUAAAAAGGAAGACACGAGAUCCAGACGGGAGAGAGAGAGUAUAAGGCGGUCGCCGAUGUGCAACGGAGUAUCGAGGUCGUCGUUCGUAGUGUGCGCGAACGCGAUUCACCCGAUCGAUCGAUCGGCUCGGCGAUAACUCGGCCGCGAGAUUCCAAGCGGGGUUGAACGUCGACGGCGAUGUCGCCGGUGCCGACGUGAAGACACGAAGAGUCGUCGCGAUCGCGAGUGUCCGAAUUUGUUGAACGCGCGUGACGCAUCCUCGGGGGUGUCUCUGCGUCUCUCGUGAAUCCCUCCGAUUCUCUCUCUCUCCCUCCCUCUCGCUGGGGAAAGCAAGCAGCCGUAGGGUAAAAAGCCGGCAAGCUGGAUGCUACAGACGGUGCCUCGCCCCCUGCGCCCCCGCCCGACAUUACUGUCACGCAGGAUGACCGCUUUGGGAAGCGGACGGGCGGAAGCGCCAGGAGACCCAACGAAUGUUUCGUCCUUGAGCCCUCCGAGAUGAUCGUCAUCGACUACCCGGAAGUUCAUGGUGGAGGAAGGAUGCAUCGACCACCGCACCCUCACCCCAUAACCGACCACCGUCAGGUCAACCUGGUCUUCGAUGACACAUUUUCGCAGGGCCUGACAGGCAGGCCGGAGCUGUACCAGAAAUCAAACAGGAGCAGUCACUCGAGCGACACGAGUUCGGCAUACAGCGGAUCUGACACCAUGACUUCUGUGCAGAGCUCAUUGGACGCGGAUCCCGAUGAGGUGGAUCUCUCGGGUCUCGUCGAGUCGAUUGUCGACAGUGACGAGGAGGAGGAUCUGGCGGAGAGCAUGGAUAGCCUGACGGUCCGCGAUCCCGUUCGAGAAUGCUUGGAGAAGGAUCCGGUCGAGAGAACGGAGGACGACAUAGAGACGCUUCUAGAGUUCACGCAACAAUUGAAGGCGUUCACGAACAUGACUCUGGCCGUUAGGAGGGCGCUGUGCGCCGUGAUGGUAUUCGCGGUGGUCGACCGCGCCGGCAUGGUGGUCUUGAACGACGGCGAGGAGCUCGACAGCUGGAGCGUGCUGAUCAACGGCGCGGUCGAGAUCGAGCACAGCAACGGCGAGAUCGAGCAACUCGGUCUCGGAGACAGCUUCGGGAUCCUGCCUACCAUGGAGAGGCUGCUGCACCGCGGGGUGAUGAGAACCAAAUGCGACGACUGCCAGUUCGUGUGCGUCACGCAAGCAGACUACUUUCGAAUUCAGCAUCAGGGCGAGGAGAACACCAGGAGACACGAGGAGAACGGCAGGGUGAUAUUGGUGACCGAAUUGCGGGGAGCUCUGGACGGCGCCGCGCGGAGAGGGCACGUGGUAAUCCGCGGAACGCCCGACCGUUUGAUGUUACAGCUCAUCGAAGAGAACAGUAUUACGGAUCCUACUUACGUGGAGGACUUCCUAUUGACUCAUCGAACGUUCAUUGAGAGUCCGUUGUUGGUCGCGGGCCAGUUGCUGGAAUGGUUCGACCAGGCGCAGGUGCGCGAUCGCGUCGCCCGCGUCGUACUCCUAUGGGUGAACAAUCAUUUUACCGACUUUGAGACUGAUCCGGCAAUGAUGGAGUUCUUGGAGGCGUUCGAGGCUGGAUUGGAGAGAGAAAAGAUGUUGGGCCAGCAGAGGUUACUAAAUAUUGCAUGCGCGGCGAAGGCGAGAACGCGGAACGUGACGCUAGCCAGGCCGAACAGGGACGAGGUCCUCAAUUUUAGCAUCUUAGGGGGAUUUGAGAGAGGUUUCGGUAUAUUUAUUUCGAAAGUUGACAAGAGAUCGAAGGCUGAAGACGUGGGUUUGAAGAGGGGCGACCAGAUCCUGGAAGUGAAUGGCCAAAGUUUCGAGCACGUGAACCACGCGAAGGCUCUGGACAUCCUGAGAGCCUCCACGCAUCUCAGUAUAACUGUGAAAUCGAAUUUACUUGCUUUUAAGGAAAUGCUUCAAAUGCCAGAUAAUUCGCCGAGACCGCGAGGCAGGUCGAGCAAGCCGGAGAUACCCAGGCUCCCGUCGGAUCCACGCGCCAGGCUGUCGACGCAUGUUGACCCCAUGACUCCUGUGAAUCCGUUAAACCCCAUGAUCGGCGGAGUACCGUUGUUGAUUCCCGACAACAACGUGUCGCCAUGUAAGGACGCGAAAAAGGAGCACAAAGGAUUCAUGACUCUCGGGCCGAAGCGGCGAUUACAGAAAGCACUUAUGAAGAUGAACAUACUGCCAAAGAACACGAUCAACGACGGCGUGCACGUGGACGAUCCUCUCGCGCCACCGCACACACCACCGGGAACAGGGCUCGUACAGACCACUACCAACCUGUACCAUUCAAAGAGUAAUCCGGAUCUCACGUCGCUUUACUGUUAUGACGACUUGAGGGCAAACGACUACCCCGAGCACGUACUCAAGGUGUAUAAAGCGGAUCAGACUUGCAAGUAUCUCCUUAUUCACAAAGAGACGACGGCGCACGAGGUGGUGAUGCUUGCGCUUCAGGAAUUCGGCAUAACGGAAAGCAGCUCGAACUUCUCUCUGGCGGAAGUGAGCGUCGGCGAGGGCGGCAUGAUCAAGCAGCGUAGACUACCGGACCAGUUGCAGAAUCUCGCGGAGCGAAUAGGACUGAGUUCCCGAUACUACCUGAAGACCAACGGAAUCUCUGAGACUCUGGUAGCCGACGAUCAAGCUUCCGAACUCAUUCGCGAGUCUCAGGUGCACUUCCUGCAGUUGAACGCCGUGGAAGUGGCGAUACAACUGACCUUGCAGGACUUCAGUAUAUUCAGACAAAUCGAGUCUACGGAGUACGUGGACGAUCUGUUUGAACUGAAAAGCAGGUACGGCGUGCCUAUGCUCAGUCAAUUCGCGGAACUAGUCAACAGAGAAAUGUUUUGGGUCGUGACGGAAGUUUGCUCCGAGCACAAUCUCGUGCGGCGCAGCAAGAUCAUAAAGCAAUUUAUCAAGAUAGCGCGCCAGUGCAAGGAGUGCAAAAACUUCAAUUCCAUGUUCGCGAUCGUGUCCGGUCUGGGUCAUGGCGCGGUGUCGCGAUUGAGAGCCUCGUGGGAGAAGCUGCCGACCAAGUAUCAAAGAUUGUUCAGCGACUUGCAGGAGCUAAUGGAUCCCAGCCGCAAUAUGAGUAAAUACCGGCAACUGGUGGCGUCCGAACAAACGCAACCGCCGAUCAUACCUUUCUAUCCGGUCGUGAAAAAGGACCUGACCUUCAUACACCUUGGUAACGACUCGAGGGUGGAAGGUCUAGUGAACUUCGAGAAACUCCGAAUGAUCGCGAAGGAGGUGCGAACGCUAACGAACAUGUGCUCCUCGCCGUACGACUUGCUGACCAUGCUGGAGAGGGGUGGGCAGCCGCCGAGCUCCGCGAUGGUCGCUUUGAAUCAAAUGACCACUGGCAAUCAAGCUGCAAUGUCGCGGCUUACAGGCGGCCAAACCGCGACGGUGAAGCGACGGAAAAAGUCCACGGCCGCUCCGAAUCCGAAGAAGAUGUUUGAGGAGGCGCAGAUGGUCCGGAGGGUGAAGGCCUAUCUCGCGAACAUGAAGGUGAUCACGGACGAGGAACGGCUGCACCAGCUCUCUGUCGACUGCGAACCGCACGCGGGCGCGGUCGCGGUCGCUGCCGCGGUACCUCUGGGUGGCAGUCGGGGAAGGAGACACCCGUCGCCGACUUUGUCCACUACCAGUAGCGCCAGCAGCACCAGCGAAGGCAGGAAGAGUAUACAAGGAACAAAAUUUGGCGCCGCGUCGCCACAGGCGGUGAGGAAGAUGUUGGCACUGUCGGAUCCUCACAAGACACGACCGUACCAACCCAAACACUGUCCACCGCCGCUACCAGUACCUGGUUUGGCGCUACACUCGAGCGGCUUGGAGCCUAGUCCAGGUGCGCCUAGAAGAGUAGGGUCCGGCAGUAGAGUGCCGAUGCACGAGCGAUCCCACAGCGACACGCCUGCCAGUCUACCGCCGCCCGUUGACCUCAGCGCGGAGAGCAGUAGCGUAACUAGCUUGAGCAAUCUCCAGCCGCUGAGGAAAACGUUAACGAGCGGUUCGGUGACGAGCAGUGACAGUGGUCAUAGUACUCAGCUGGACAGCCACAGCGGGAGCAGCGUGGAAGCGGGCGGCAGCCCACCGCCACCGCAAAGACGACACUCCGCUCUGCAAGGUACUACGGGAUUGGGAGCGAGCAUGGGCCUAGGGAUGCCAGCCCCGCUGCCACCGCCCGGAGCGGGUUCCACGACCAUAAUGACGACGAUGGGCGCGAUGGCAGGCAGCAUGACAUCGUCGUCGUCGCUCGCUACGAUGCGACCCAGCAUGAGUAGUGCGCCACAAUGCCGUCAACCACCGGCGUACAAAGUCGCGCAACACAUGGCGAGAUUGCACAGACUCGGUCGUGCUAACAGCCACGAAGGGGUCACUUAUCGCACCGACCACGAAGAUGAUGACGAGGACGCCCAAGUGUCAGCGGUUUAAAGUGCUCCACGAGUUUUCGCCGAGUCUCGAUUAUUAUCGUUUAGUUAAUUCCGUCGUACCGUUUCUUUCGCGCGGCCAAAAAGAGAAAUCGUGAAUCCGGAUGGCGCCACGCGCGAGCCGUUGCGAGAAAAGAGAAUACGCAGGGAAGAAAUUACGACACGUGAGAAUUCUCUUCCUGUAAAUGGCGUUGUCGUUUUGCGUGAACAGCGUGGCGGCAUCCUGAUCCGGCGACGUAUGAAACGACGUAUUUCAUACGCCACUCACACUAUCACACUCGGCAGAGUCGCGAGCUAAUUUUUCGUGUGGGCGAGAUCCCCGUUUUACGCUUCACCGCAGAGGAGAGAAGAGGCGUUUUUAUUUUUUAUUUAAGUCGAACGCUCGUCUUCCAAGGGUCCCCGCGACAAGCUCGAAGGAAGAAUUCAUCGUGAAUCUCAAGCGUCAAAGUAUUUUACAACGUACCGUUUAUCGGCAUUGGGAAGCGAAGCGCGAGUCACUGGCGAGUAAAAAUGCCGAUAAACAGGUGAAUGAUACGAUAGGAGAGUACUUUUCUUUUAUUAGACUGAAGGAGCAGUUCUCAAGUAGACGCUCGUGAGCCUUCACGAGAUGACGGGAAGCGAGAGCGAGAGAAGAAAGAAAGAAAGAAAGAGAGUGCGCGCGAUCGUAAUAUUCUAUAUAAAUGUGUAAUAAAACCGAGUCCAAAGAUGUUAUAUAUAUACUGCGCCUGUGUCGCCAGAUAAAGUACGGAUAACGGCGUGUCCUGUAAUAUAUACUUGUAGGCUGAUCUUUAGUGUCCCGUAAGCAUAAGUUGAUGUAAAUAGCAUAGUGUUAUAUAGUUACAUAUUAAACAAGGAGGAACCGGGACUACGGGAGAUGAGAGAUGUCGGUCAUCCAGUGUGAGAUACUUGGGAUCGUGUGCGGUUGACUCGUCGUGCAUUUAAACCACGACAACGUUCCACCGGCAUUAGAGAGAUUCGAGAGCUAGGGAGAUUCGCCUCUUUACCGAUAAGCAAGCGGAACUCUUUAUAAUCGUUCUAGACUUCAUCCUCGCGUUCAAACUCGAAAAACGGUUUAUUCCAUUUUAAGCGCCUUGCUUUUAACCAUCUGUCGUCAAUCUGUCCGUCGUCGUUCUCUGAUAAUUCUUAUAACGUGGACGAUGGAAUAUUAUUUUACAAGGGAAGCGAACAGUUUUUAUGCUUUUGCCGAAUUUUAACGUCGAUGUGAUCAGGUACAAAAAGAAAGGAACUCCUCGAAAAGUAAAACCGAUUGAGAUAAUUGUUUUUCACAGCGGCGCGCAAUCCCUUUUUUCUUUUUAAGUGCACUCGUUACGUGCAUCGCGAGACUACCUUUUGCAGUACAUAUAUAUAUACAUAUAUAUUUUUACAGAACGCAUAACGAAUUUUAACUCGCAGGUAGGUCAUAUCGUUCGUCCUCGAUUUCAAACUUUAGUUCUAUACUUAAUCAUCAGGCAUUCUUCUGCAUUCUUCGUUAUUUUAUUUAUCAGUAUCGGUACUUUUAGUUUCAUUCGCGUGUAAUCCGCUAGGCACGCGGAAGAGACCUCUUUAAAUCGUAUCUAUAUAGAAUUCGACGGCAAAAGGGAAGAAAGGGGAAGAAAGAAAAGGGAUAAAGUUUUUCGCUAUUUUAUAUUGUGUCGGUACGAGAGCAGCGGUUGGAUUUAUUAUCGUAGAUUUAUCCAUGUAUAUUAUAUACACACACACACACACACACACACACACACGCAGAUGUACGCUCUUAUCCACUGACACAAGACUCGAGUCCUUUUACAAGUAUUAUAAAGAAGCUGUAAUUCGCGUGCACGAUGUGUAUCGACGCGAUAGCAAAGAGGGCCUAAUUACCCAGGCGCCGUUUUUGCGAUUGCCAGGUAUGCGGAAGAUGAGAGAGCGCGUAAGAGAGAACAAGGGAAAGAGAGUGAAUGUACACGUGAAAGAGUAUGAAUGUAUUCGCGAGAGAGGAAGAGAGAGAGAGAGAGAGAGAGUAUCGAGGGUCAACACAGUGCUUUUCUGGAUACUCGGAUCUCUACCAUUAAUCACAUUCCAGACUUUGUCUUGCCGUGUCUACGUCCCUCGACAUGCCUUCCACUUUGGACCAUCUCGAAAAACAAAGGAAAGAUCGAAACAAGAGUCCUCGUUUAACGGACUGCCGUUAGAUAUUAUUAUUAUCACUACUUCUUUCAUUAACUGUUCUCUUGUUUUUAUUAAAAGACCAAUCUCGGAAUCCACGAAGACUGUGUUACUCUUCGACGUAGUGUCCAAUGAUCCCGAAGGAUCGGGAGGAUAAUUUCUCCGUACUCAGCUCGGUUCUUUGGGACGAAAAUUCACAAUAUAUUUACUUCAUAUUCAUAUAUAUAUAUAUAUAUAUAUAUAUAUAUAUAUAUUAUAUCUCUUUGUACAUAUCCUAACGACUUUUAAAUAUUAAUAUCCAACGUUCUCGAGGAAAUUUUUAAGCGUAUCUUAACCGGUAAUUAAAAUUCUUCGUAUAACGCGGCGUCAAAACUGAACGUCAUUCACUUUUCGUUGACUCUGACACGAUAAAAUCAUUUUUAUCUUUAUAUUUCGUUUUCUUCCGCCGUCUUUUUGCAUUUUAGGCGUGCCAGGCUCCGUCAUUCCACGUGCAUUUAGCUCCUGCGGAGAAUGUCGAUGAAUUUCUAUCGAGAAUUCAGAAUCUGUGUUCGUUUCUUAUUCUUAUAAUUGGCAUACUGCGUAUUUCCAACAACUUUUGAAAAGUCCCCAACAUAAAAUCCUUAAUAUAAAGUAGCGUAGUUUACAUAAUUCUCAUAUGAAAUGUAUACGAUUUACGACGGUUUACACGCGGGAUUCGAUCCGAGACGCAGGAUUCUCGAUAGGAGGUCAGAUUUUUACGUGUUCUGGCGAAGUCAUGUAUAAUUUUAGCAGCGACGUAAAUUGAGUUUUGAAUUAAAGGGGCCUGGGCGCAUUAGGUAACUCUUGCUCCUUUCUUUUAGAAAAAUUUGGCUCGUCUGGAAUGGCUACAUGCGACCACGCGAGAACAUAUGUUCACUGUUCCGAAAAAAAACCGGAAAACAUUAAGACGAGCCGCACUUUUCCGCUCGCCGUCUCUUUCUUUAUUUUUUAUUUAUACACCACGCCUUGUUCUGUUGUUUUAAUUAUUAUUUAUAACCCCGAGAUAUUCGAUUAUAACGCGGACAGCAGGCAACAGAAGAUCUUUUGUAUUUAAUUUGUUUAAUAAAACUUGAAUCACACAUAGUACAACGUCUCCCGCCUUUUCAGUUCUCGUCUUGUUUGUUCGUCUUGCGAUCCUAUCCUACAACGAUAUCUAUCCCUCCCGCGCUUAUUUAUUAACGGUUUACAACAGUACAAACGCUAACACCUCGGCAAAAAUCUCCCAACGUAUAUAUACGCGUACACAUAACACGUAUACAGGCUGUUCCGCGUGAAAUGACUCUGUCGCACGUCGCUGGAAAACGUGAGAGGCAAAGGAGAAGCGUUGCGCAGGCAAGAUCUAUUUAUCUGUGCACUUAAAAAAAUCAAUUAUUUCCAUGCACAACGUGGAAAGACGACACGAAGGAUGUCACGAGAAAAAGUUGCAACGCCGUAUACUUUCUCCUUCAGAUUUCAAAGGUGCUUACAACAAAGUCUCUUUCGUGCUUGUCUCUGAGAAAGUUUUCAUCUCGAAACCGGAAUAUUCUCUUAUGCUACAUCAGUUUCCUUGAUUCCUAAUAUCAUUCGAAAAAUGCGAUUGCGUCACUUUACGCCCUGUAUCACGAUUUUGUACAUACGUACAUAGAACCGAGUAUCUUUAAGUUUCAGCUCUCGUUUUGAUUAAUACCGGACCGCUACGUACGGUAUUUUGCGUUGAUGACCAGGGGUGAAUACAUCGAAUUUUCGUGUUAUUUCUUUCUUCAAUAAAUCCGUUUAAGAAAACGAAGAGCCGAUGUCGCGCUUUUCGAGGUACAAAGGACCACAGAGCUCAUGAACUUCUUUUGUUAACGCAAACGCUUGCUUUUAGCAUCCUCGCGUAUAUUCGGCGCGAGUAGUUUGAAUUAUAAUUGAUAUCGUUCGUAGCGGAUCUUAUCUGUUGGAACGAAAUUAAUAGUGAUACUACUGCUACUAUUUUGUACGAUAUAUGAUGUUUUGUAUAUCUGUCUACCGUACGUGUAGAUGCGGAGUCUACCGAUUAUUAUAUACAUAUAAGUGGCGAAACACGCAACUCUAUAUCGAAUGCAUAUUUAAGAUUUACCAUUCGUAGACUUACGCGGCUCACAGCUGUGCCCGCGAAGGGUCACGCGUAUAGGUGUUAUACUCCCAUUAAUGUACACCUGUAAAUCCCUCUCAACAAACAAUAUAUGAACGAUUAAAGAAUUCAUAAAGAA